UGAAUUUCUAAUCCCUGGCCGGCCGGAAGGAAUUAGGCAGACGGCACGCCACCUCCUGCCACGAAUUUUCACGUUUGCAUCCCACCACAGUUUUCCGAAAUUUUCAUGGUACGGUGCAUUUUUGUAAUCACACCCCUUACAAGCCACGAAUUUCUAAACCCCGGCCCUCCCUCCUCUCCCCAAAUCACAAUCAGUCAGUCACGAGCUCGAGCACGACGACGACUUGGGCAGACAGCACGCCACCUCCUCCCCCCAAAUUCGACCAGCACAACACAACCGCGACCCCUUCAUGGCCCCGGCCGAAGCCGAGCUCGCCGCGGCCGCCGGCGACGACGAGGAGGCCGCGCCCCUGGUCUCCACCGGUGCCCGGCGCGCAGCCGCCGCGGCUGGAGCCCCCCGCGACGUGCACGUGCUGAGCUUGGCCUUCCUCUUCGUCUUCCUCGCCUACCACGCCGCGCAGAACCUCCAGAGCACCGUCAACACGGACGAGAACCUGGGGUCGAUGUCGCUGGGGGUGCUGUACACGUCGUUCACGGCGUUCUCGGCGGUGGGGUCGGCGGUGGUGCGGUGGAUGGGCUCCAAGCGCGCGCUCGUCGUCGGCACCUCCGGCUACCUCCUCUUCAUCGCCGCCAACCUCGCCCCGUCCUGGUACACGAUGGUGCCUGCUUCACUGUACCUUGGCUUUACUGCAUCCAUCAUUUGGGUUGGGCAGGGUACAUACCUUACAUCAGCUGCCCUCAGUCAUGCAAGAGAAAAUAAUUUGCCUGAGGGUCCAACUUUAGGGAGCUUUAACGGGGAGUUUUGGGGAAUGUUUGCUAGCACACAGGUCAUUGGAAAUUUGAUCUCACUUGCUCUACUGAGAAAUGGAAAGGAUGGUGGAAGUGUCACGGGAAAAAAUCUGCUGUUUGUUGUGUUUCUUGGCUGCAUGAUUGUGGGCAUUGUGUUAAUGUGUUUGCUGUCCAAAAGAGACGAGAAAGGAAAUAAUGCUCCAACACAUUCCUCAUUUGGAGCAAUGUUGAAAUACAUUGUUGCCCCUCUUAAGGACCGAAGAAUGCUUCUUAUUAUCCCUCUAAUAGCAUAUUCUGGUUUACAACAGGCAUUUGUAUGGGCGGUAUUCACAAAGAGUAUUGUAACACCUGUUCUUGGCAUCUCUGGUGUUGGUGGAGCCAUGGCGAUUUAUGGUGCAGCUGAUGUAGUUUGUUCAUUGGUUGCUGGACGUUUGACCUCCGGACUUCAUUCAGCUACAUUUAUAGUGUCAGUGGGAGCUAUUGUGCAGGCCGUAGUUCUAUUCUGGUUGCUUCUUUUUUACAGUCCGAUGGCUGGACUGCUUGGCGCUGCGGUGCCACUAUUCAUAGGUGCCUUAUGGGGUGUUGGUGAUGGUGUCUUGAAUACACAGUUAAGUGCACUCCUUGGGCUGCUGUUCGAAGAUGUCAAGGAGGCUGCCUUUGCACAGCUGAAGGUCUGGCAAUCAGGUGCCAUCGCAGUCAUCUUCUUCCUGAGCCCAAGCAUCACGCUGCAAGCGAUGCUUAUGUUGAUGACCACAGCGCUCUUCAUCUCCUUUGGCUCAUUCCUGUUCCUUACCCUUGUCGUUGAGAAAUCAUCGACUGUGAGAUCCUGAGGCGAAUAUGUUUUCCGAUAUCCAAACCGAUGCCGUUGUGACUUCGUCAGUAUUUUGAGCGGCGUGUACUGCCUGUACUCCCCCACAUUGUAUUCAGCCGUUGGGACUUCGUCAGUUACAUGAAAGGGAAAUGCAGAGUCCAUCAGAUGUGGGUUCUGACACCACGUUACGCCAUUGGUUUCAGCCAUUGCUGAAGGGAAGUUGUAGCGGGCAAAAUGGGGAAAGUGACAAUCUGGCUUGCAUCUGGUUUGCUGCUGCAGUCCUUGUCCUUUGGUUUUUUUUUUUUUUUUAUCAAUGUUGUAGUAAAAACACAGUUCUUACACUGUUCUUUCCUUCUGAGGUUGCGUUUGAACACAUGAUUUCCACAGGAAUUUCGUAGAAACCUCAUAUUCAGUUUUAUAUAAAUACAGGGAUUUGUGUGCA